GAGUUUUUCGAGAACUUGUGCACUGUUUUCUGGGCCCCAGAACCCUUUCCGCCUUGAUCCGUACUUGAUACUGAAAUUAUCAUUAUUAUAUGCUAUAUUGAUACGCGCAUUUUUGUUGAAAAAGUAAUGUGCGAGGAAUUAAACAAUAAUACCAGCAUUAUGAUGGAUGUACGUUAAAGCCGAUGUUAAACACCUGAUAUGAAAUAAGCCUUAACCUAAUGUAGUGGUGGUGGCGUGAGGUGAGUUGGUGACAGAAAUCGUGUAAAAAUUAUAUGUUGUGAUCAUAUGUUUUACAUAACCAGAAAAAACAUGCAUGUAGCCACAGCUUUAUACAUACUUCAUAAAGUAUACUACGGUGUCACACAUUUCUUUUAAGAAAAACUCAUUUUCUAGGUGUUUGGUUUUUACAGAAUUUCCUCGCCUGUAGACGUGAAAAGUAGAAUUUCCUGUCGAUAAAAUUCUGUUGUCGAUACGAAAUGGAGAGUCCCUCCGAUAGCCCCAAAAUAUUAAAAGCUAGAGUAUGGACUAUGAGUAAGAGAUUUGUUGGUAUACCGGAAAAAUCUGAUUUCCAUAUAAUUGUAGAAAGGAUACCGGCUUUGAAGACUGGAGAAUAUUUAGCUAAAGCCGUCUACAUCAGCAUCGACCCACACAUAAGAGCCAUUACUGAUGAGUUACCGGUUGGUUCAGCAAUACCCGGCAUACAGAUAGCUAGUGUGGUUGAAAGUUUAAAUGAAAAAUUUCCGGUAGGAGCAUACGUGCACGGCGCGUUUGGAUGGAGAACACUCACGGUGGAUGACGGUAAAACUAGAUCGGUACCGACAUAUGUCCUUCCAGCGUUCCUCAAGGACAAGACGUUGGGAAUUCCUCAUGGACUGUCAUUGUUUGGAGUUCCUGGGCUUGCAGCGUAUUUUGGUUUGACGGAGAUACUGCGUCCUCAAAAAGGCGAUACGGUAGUGGUUUCGACAGUAGCAGGAGGUGUGGGGAACUUUGCGGCGCAAAUAGCGAGAAGAAUACUGGGAUGCCAUGUCAUUGGAAUCACCUCGAAAAGAGCUAAACGAGAGUGGUGUAAGAAUCGGACAGGCGUUAAGCAGACCAUUAUGUACGAGGAACAAGAUGUGGUCCAGCAACUCGGUAUACUUGCCCCGAGAGGUGUCGACUUUUAUUUUGAUAAUGUUGGUGGAGAGAUAUCCGAUGCUGUUAUAUCAUGUAUGAACAAAAAAGGAAAGAUAGCUCAGUGCGGGGCAGUCUCAGGAUACUGCAGCAAUAACUCUGCCCAACUGAACCAAUUGGAAAUAGCGAAGAGGCAACUGAAAGUCGAAGGUUUCCAGGUCAACAGAUGGAAAGGCAAAUGGAUUGAAACUAUCGACCAAUUGUACGAUUAUUACUCUGAAAGAAAACUGAAAGUUACUCCGCCGGUGCGCGCUAUAGGUUUCGAUUAUAUUCCGCGAGCCUUCAUUCAUCUGUUCCACAGCUUUAACGUUGGAAAAGUUGUUGUUGAGAUUAGGUGAACAUUAUAAUUAUACUUGAUGCGGUUAUACUGUUUAUUCUAUUACUAUUAUCAAUGUUAUUGCUUUUCAGGGUAUAUAUUCUUGUUAGUGGAUAAUAAAGUUUCUGUAAUGAUACUGGAUACUCAAUUUAUUAUAAAAU